GAACACUACAUGCAAUAUGAGAAUAGUACGCACGGUGGCGCUGCAGACUAACAAUUUGUAUAACAGAGGCUCCCAGGAUACCCAGGGACUUCCUUCCCCGGUAAUCAGAAUGCUGACUGUUCCCAGAAAGAAGGGGGACGUUUACAUAAGAUCUAGGAGAAAGGACUCAUGUAAGCAAUUCAGUAAGAUUUAUUUUGAGGUUAUUUCACCAAACCUUGACUGUGUGGAUUGAAACCGACAAGAUUUAGAAGAAGCAACACCCUCCGGACUGCAUCUGAACAAUGGAGACAGCUCAAGCAAAAACGCCAGAGAAAAGGCAAGUCUUUCUUCUUACUAUAUUGCUGCUUUUGUGGGAGGCUGAUUCUGAGGCGAUUAGAUAUUCCGUGCCAGAAGAAACGGAGAGUGGAUACUUGGUGGCUAACCUGGCAAAAGAUCUGGGGCUCAGGGUGGGGGAACUGGCCACCAGAGGGGCGCGAAUCCAUCACAGAGGAGACAAAGAGCUCUUGCAGCUGGAUGCAGAGACCGGGAAUUUGCUCCUCAGGGGAAAACCAGAUCGUGAGGAUCUGUGUGGGGUGACAGACCCCUGUGUGCUGCACUUCCAGCUCAUUCUGGAAAACCCUGUGCAGUUCUUCCAAACUGACCUGCAGAUCACAGACAUAAAUGACCAUGCUCCAGAGUUCCCUCACAGGGAAAUGCUCCUAAAAAUUCAAGAAAUUGCCCAACCAGGGACUGUGUUUCCUCUGGAGGCAGCUCAGGACUCUGACAUAGGGAGCAAUGCUGUUCAGAACUACACAGUCAGCCCCAACCUCCAUUUCCAUGUGGUUACUCAGAGUCGCGCUAAUGGCAGGAAUUACCCAGAGCUGGUGCUAGACAGAGCCCUAGACAGGGAGGAGCAGCCUGAACUCACUUUAACCCUCACUGCUGUGGAUGGUGGGUCUCCGUCUAGAUCUGGGACCACCACAGUUCGCAUUGAAGUCGUGGACAUCAAUGAUAACGCUCCUCAGUUUGUACAGUCGCUCUAUGAGGUUCAGAUUCCUGAGAACAGCCCCCUUGAUGCUGUAGUUUUGACGGUCUCUGCCAGGGAUUUAGAUGCUGGGAUGAAUGGGAAUGUAGCUUACUCUCUGUUUCAAGGCGGUGAAGUUUCUCAACCAUUUGUAAUAGAUGAUGUCACAGGAGAAAUUCAUCUUAAAAGGAUAUUGGAUUUUGAGGCAACUCCAUAUUAUAACAUAGAAAUUGUAGCCACAGACAGUGGAGGCCUUUCAGGAAAAUGUACUGUAGCUAUACAGGUUGUGGAUGUGAAUGACAAUGCCCCUAAACUCACCAUAUCUUCGCUCACUACUUCCAUCCAAGAAAAUGUUCCUGAAGCUGUAGUUGCUGUUUUCAGUGUUUCUGACCCAGAUUCUGGGGACAAUGGAAGGAUGGUGUGUUCUAUUCAGAAUGAUUUUCCAUUCGUUUUAAAGCCCACAUUCGAGAAUUAUUACACUUUAGUGACAGAGGGGGCCCUGGACAGAGAGAGCAGAGCUGAGUACAACAUCACCAUCACAGUCACUGACAUGGGCACACCCAGGCUCACAACACAGCACACCAUAACAGUGCAGGUGUCUGACGUCAACGACAAUGUCCCCGCCUUCACACAAACCUCCUACACCCUGUUUGUCAAGGAGAACAACAGCCCCGCUCUGCACAUAGGCACCAUCAGCGCCACAGACUCAGACUCAGGCUCCAAUGCCCACAUCACAUACUCGCUGCUGCCCACCCAAGACCCGCAGCUGGCCCUCGACGCGCUCAUCUCCAUCAAUGCUGACAAUGGACAACUGUUCGCGCUCAGGGCGCUGGACUAUGAGGCCCUGCAGACCUUCGAGUUCCAUGUGGGCGCCACAGACCAAGGAUCUCCUGCACUCAGCAGCCAGGCGCUGGUGCAAGUGCUGGUGCUGGACGCCAACGACAAUGCCCCCUUCGUGCUCUACCCGCUGCAGAACGCCUCUGCACCCUGCACAGAGCUGCUGCCCAGGGCGGCAGAGCCAGGAUACCUGGUCACCAAGGUGGUGGCAGUGGACCGCGACUCUGGACAGAACGCCUGGCUGUCCUUCCAGCUGCUCAAGGCCACGGAGCCCGGGCUGUUCAGCGUGUGGGCUCACAAUGGCGAGGUGCGCACCUCCAGGCUGCUGAGUGAGCGCGAGGCUCCCAAGCACAGGCUGCUGCUGCUGGUCAAAGACAAUGGUGAUCCUCCAAGGUCUGCUAGUGUCACUCUGCAUGUGCUGCUGGUGGAUGGCUUCUCUCAGCCCUACCUGCCUCUGCCAGAGGUGGCGCGAGACCCCGCGCAGGAUGAGGAUGUGCUCACUCUGUACCUGGUCAUUGCCUUGGCUUCUGUGUCUUCCAUCUUCCUCUUGUCUGUGCUGCUGUUUGUGGGGGUGAGGCUGUGCAGGAGGGCCAGGGCGGCCUCUCUGGGUGGCUGCUCUGUGCCUGAGGGACACUUUCCUGGCCAUCUGGUGGACGUCAGUGGCGCAGGGACCAUGGCUCAGAGUUACCAGUAUGAGGUGUGUCUGACUGGAGACUCUGGGAACACAGAUUUCAAAUUCUUCAACCCCAUUAUUCCCAGUAGUCUCUUUCAGGACCCCUAGCUAAAUUCCAGUGUCCAGAGACCGAGGUUUCAAUAACUGAAUCAGAAUUAGUUGCUUGGCUAUUAAUAUUUUCCUUUUGCAUUCAAUAAUCUUUCCCUGGGUCAAUGUAUUUCUAUGUGGAUUUUAUUCGCUGUUUUUUAUUGGUGUAUUUUUUAUCUUUGGAUGUCUGUUUCCUGUUUUAUUAAUGCAAUCUUGAUGCAUCUUUUCCUUUCACUAAUUUGGAGGGUAUGUUACUUCGUUGUGUUUAUCCGGUCAUUCCAAAUAGUGUUCUUAGGAACUCAUUUCUUCCUCUUCAUUAUAACCGGUUCUUCAACACCCACUUCAGAUCGUAUCAUGCUGAGGCUAUGCACAGAACUUGCUCUGUCGUUUUCACUUUCACUGCAGCUUGUUAACUGUACGAUGCACAGCGUUCAUUGUGACAAUUUCAGAGAUGCACAUAGCAUGCCUGGAUAGCCUUCACCUCCUUAUCACGUUUUUUAAUCCUGUUGUCUUUCUCCCCACCACACUCUUCAAUACCCCAUUUUGUUUUCACGUACUUCUUGUCUUUUAGAGGGUGACUAUCUAGCUUAAAUGAUCUGCAAUUCCAUUUCCCUCAAAAUGACAAUUUCAUUCUUCUUGAGCUCUGAAUAAAGUAAUUCCAUUGUGCAUGUAUGUGUUUUCCUCAGCCACACUUCUGUUAUCAUGAUAACACACCUUUGUGUACAGCUAAUGAAGUGUGAGCAUAUGAUACAGUCAUCUGUCAUAUCUUUACAUGUUUCAUACAUAAACGGAAGUGGUGUGCUGUUAAAUUUAUCAUCUUUACUGACAACCACAAUUAGUAUUUCAACACUUUAUUUGCUUAAGUACAGGCCAAAAUUGCUUCUAAAUGUACCAGACAUAACCUUGUUUUACCUAAGUCACUGCAAGUGAUGGAGUGUGCUUUCACCUUGUGUGAGAAGACACUUAGUGAGGAAUGUGUUUGAAUUUGUAAAUGCUGGAAAUAAACGAGGGCCCAUUAAACUUGCAACAAAAUACUCAGAUGAAUGGCUUUUAAGUGUUUUAGUCUUUUUAUUAUUAGUACUUACCUGCCAUAAAUUGGGUGGCUUAGGCACAAUAUUUCCAUUGGGUCCUUUCAAUGGGUUCCUUCCUCCCUAUUUCAAUCUGUCAUGAUGUACAAUUGUUUGGGAAUGAAAUCUGUCAAUCCACAGCAGCCUUCUUCCUACUAAAUUGUAAUUGAACAAUGUACAAAUACAGGAAUUUAUAAUGGGAAAGAAUAGUAUCAUUGGGGAAGUUUAGAUUUUCUACAAUUAAAAAUAAUACAUGUAAGCAACGAAAACCACAGUAUAUACCUAUUUUGAGUGAAUUUUAAGAGUUUCACAUAACAAACUAUUAUUUCCUUGACUAAAUUCAUUUUAAAAUGACUUUUCAUAUUUUAUUGUCCAGAUGUAUCCAACUAGUAUUUGAAUGUUACUGUCUACAAGAAAAAUAGUUGAACUUAUCAAAAAUUGAAAAUGAUUUGGAAAUUCUGGAAAGAUAAGAAUUUAAUAUUGGCAUAAUCUCAAUCAUCAGUACCUGUAGUUGUAUAGUUAUAACCACAUUUAAGUGCCUGUAAGACUGGGUGAGCCACCUUCCAAGCAGGAAUCUCCCAAGCAUAAAACAGUGUUAUGUAAAUGAGCAAUGUAAGCAUUAAUUCUUAAUAAUAAAAAACUUUUUGUUCAGCCUA